UCCGUAGUUUUCACACAGGGACAGCCUACGUGUUUCCUCUUGAGGUAAAGUGCACGGUGCGUCUCUUCACACGCAAGGCGAUGGAUUUACAGCUCCGCGGGUUUGGUCCCUGUGUUUGAGCAAAUUUGAAAAUCCAGUCACUUCACUGUUGUUAUUCACAUCUUCCGCCUUCUCUUCAUCAUCAUCAGGAGCACCAGCGGGAGCAGAGAGGAGAAGAAGAUGGGGUGCUGCUCGGCGCGAUGCAUGCUGAUCCUCCUGUGUUGUCUGCAGUUGAUAACUGCUCUGGAGAGGCAGGUGUUUGACUUCCUGGGCUACCAGUGGGCUCCCAUCAUGAUCAACUUCUUUCACAUUAUCAUGGUCAUCCUGGGCCUGUUUGGUGCCAUCCAGUACAGAUCACGCUACGUGAUUAUGUACCUGCUGUGGACGUUGUUGUGGGUUGGAUGGAAUGUCUUUGUGAGCUGUCUCUACUUGGAUUUGGGAGGGCUUUCAAAGGACAGUGAUAUUCUCUCCCUCGGCGUGUCGUCACAUCGCUCAUGGUGGAAGGACAACGGGCCAGGGUGUGAGAGUGAGGGCCUUCCCUCCGCCGAGUGGCACAACCAGCAAAACCCUGAGCUGACCACGGUGCUGAGCUGCUGGCUGGAAUACCAGUACAUAGAAAUCCUGCACUGCAUCGUCCAGCUCCUCGUAUCACUCCUGGGAUUUGUUUACGCCUGCUAUGUUGUCUGCACUUUUUCAGAUGAGGAAGACAGCUUUAAUUUCAUUGGUGAAUUUCAUCAUCCAUCCAAACCUUCUCAGUUGCUCUUCUAGUGUAAAGACUCGAUGGAUUAUAAAUAAACCACAAAAAGAAUGUGGCUGGGAAAAGCUGAGAAGGAACCAGGAAGAAGAUGAAACAGCUCUGAAGACUUUCAUCAUGUGUCUGCUUCAGCUGUCAAUAAAACAUCUGUCACAGAUGCUGAACCUUGCUGUGCUGUACACACUGUCCAGAGUCAAGAGGGGAGAUGCCAGUAUAUCACUGUAGAAAGUGCGUAAACCUACUUAUAAUGUGUUUUUUCCUCAGGCCUCAAGUGCUGUAUAUCUAAACAAAAGUCUACCUGAGUGUGUGUGUGUGGUUGAGUGUGUGUGUGUGAGAGAGAUGGAAAUCACUGGAUAUUAAGCACUCAAGUGCAGCUGUCUUAAAGAAAAGUGUGAUUUGAAGUGUGUAAAUAAGUAGUUGUUUCUCUGAUGUUAUAAAAAAUGUAUAAAUUAUUCACGUGUCAUUUCAGUUAGAAAUGUAGAGUAUGAUAUAAUUCAGUCAAAUAAACCACAACUACUACACAGCUUGUAUUGGAGUGCUGCACAAAUUUCUUUAUCAUUAUAGAAUAAACAAAUCUCAUGAAAAGAAAAAAAAACAACAACUGAUCUGAUUAACAAGUACUCUCUGUGUAGCCAAAGCCAGAUAAUACAGUCUUCUGGUCCAUAGAGCUCCAUUGUUGUUCAUUGACAAACACAUUGUUGGUUUUGGCAUUUUCACAAGACUCCUUUGCAAUAAGAAAAAUA